AAGAGAUGAACUCAGCUCUCACGAAAGUUCGAAACUCUGACGUCUUACGCACUCGCGCCAUUUUCUCACUUGACGAUGUCCGCCGCGCGCGCGCACUUUUCUCACCAAUCGGUCACGCGUUGCACGAAAUUUCGGAGCGUCGGAGCAUCGCGUCGGUGACCGCGGAGAGAAGAAGGCCCGAAGGCGUCGCGCGAGAAUCGCAAAAAACGCGGCGCGUCCUCCGUUUCACGUGGAUCCGUGCCACAUGGAUCCGCCAUGAGCGUAAUGCGGCUUGGCGUGACGAGGAAGCCGGGGAGGCGACGAGGGGCAGCGAGGAGCGGCGGAACGAGGCGAAGCGCUUCGGACGUGGCUGGAGAGAGCCGCGGGGUGACACUCGGAGCGUCUGCGCACCUGGCGAGUUUUGCACCUUUUCCUUCGCCGCGCGUCGUCGCCGAUUUUCCUCGCGACCUCGCCGAUCGACGAAAAUUCGCGCGAGAACGAAAAAUCCGUUUUUCUCCUCGUUCCCGACGUAUCCUCCAUUUCUUCCUCUCGCCAUUUUUUUUUCUUUCGCUCGGUUCUACUGUCUUUCUCUCUGUUUCUCUUUCCCUGUCUCUUCUAUCCCCUCCACUUUCGUUCAAUGAACAAGCAAGUAUAGGUAUCCUGCAAAGCCCUCUUCUUCCUCCUCUCCCCGCCCCCCCCUCCCCGCCAUAUCACGUCGUCAGGUGGUCCGAUUCCAAAUAGAGCACUUUUUCCAAGCGACACCUAUGGCGCAGUAUUUCGGAAGUUUGCACCGAAGUAAAUUAUUCAAUAAACGAUGCUCGGGUUAAUAGACGAUAGACGAUAGACGAUCUCUCUCUCUGUCUCCGUAUUUUUCUCGUAUCUGCGGUAAUUUUGAUCUCCGAAUGCUCGUUAUCUUUAUCGUGGGCCCGUCUCAGUGGUUCGACGCGCCACUUUAGCGCAAAUUCCGUCGAGUCCGUGCGUCGAUGCGUUUCAGGAUAUUCCCCGCGCAACAGGUAUUUUCUUCUCUCUCUCUCUCUCUCUCUUUCUCUCUUUCUCCGUUUUCACUGCUCGCUUCGUUCAAUUCCCGUACGUCGACAUCGAUCCGCACACCUGUCUAACUCGUUGUUAAUUCACACAGAUCGAAAUUAUGCCAGAUAUUUAUUUGUUUCGUUAUUUAUCAGGUGAAGGAGCGAGAGGAAAAGAGAACACGCGCGUGUUCCAUGGUGCGCAACAAGUGUUUCCUCUCUCUCUCUCUUUCUCUCUCUCUCUCUCUUCUCCUUCGGUGCUGAAUGCCCGAUAAUUUGACGCACACCGGCGUAACUCGUCAUUAACGCCGAUUGAAAUUCUACGUGAUAUUAAUUUUUGCUAUUUGCUCGACAAGAACACCUUCCACACGGCGCGUAAUAAGCGUUUCCUUUUCUCUUUCUCUCUCUCUCUCUCUCGGUUCUCCCUCCGCUCGCGUGCGGUAAGACGUAGCAGGGGCCAGGGCAACGAGCGAGAGAGGGGCCGCGUCGACGCGCAGUCGCCAGGUGAGGCAACGACGACGACGUGGUUUGCCUCGUUACGCUCGGCCGGGGGGACGCACGGUCAGUGCUACGGAGAACCUUGCGACUUUCGACGGUGCUCCGUCCGAGCGAGCGACCCACCGACCGACCGACCGACCGAUCGACCGAUCGACCGAGGAAAGAGAGAGAGAGAGAGAGAGAGAACGCGCGAGAAAAAGAGACGGGCAGCACCGAAUCGAUCCUGCUCCCGCCGCUUUUUUCGGUUACUCCAGGUGCGUGCCGCCGUCGACCGGAUCUCCGUCGGAUUCAUAACCUCAAACCGCCGCGAGGGAGUAUGUCGUGCGUGGCGGGUGAUCGGUGAACGGCCAGAGUGAUAAGGACGCCCCGACCGGAUCGGGAGUGCGUCGCGCGAGUGCGUGCGAAAGGGAAGCAGCGCGACAGCAGAGAACGUAACGGGAGGAAGGAGAGAUUGGAGGUGUUGGAGGAGCCGCCAGGUGCGCUCCCGCGGGAACGAUGACGGGAACGAGGACAGGAGGAACUGGCGGCGGCAGCGGUGGAGGAGGUAGUUCGCAAAACAUCCUGGUCAGCCUGUACGUGGCGACCGCCGGCCUCCAGGGAAACGCGCUCGGUUCCGACGAGGAGGAGAUCACGCUGCUCGUCUACGUGCUCAUCGACGAGCUGCAGAAUAAGGUGCUAGGCAGACAGCAAUACAUCGUGCGACCGAUGGUAAUGGAAGAGAGUUGCACACCCGGGACCGGCAGCGACAACCCAGCGGUUGCCGGAAGUAGCGGGAUCAUUAACGAGGCCGCGCUGGCACAUGCACCAGCCUUGACCGAACGAAAUGUUCGGGAGUACGGAAUUUCUUUGCAGCAAGCUAUCGAAAAGUUUGAAGACUGGUGGAACUCCAUGUCUGGCGUAACUUCCGGUAUUAAACCGCGAUUUGUCGUGGAUGGCCAGGCGCCGAUGAGGCAAUGCUUGCAUCCGGAGGCUUGCAAUAAGGACAUCGAACUACCGGAACAUUACAACUACUUUCACGAUCUCCGGAAGGAUUUCGUAGAGUGUUACUCAUCUCAUGGCGAAUUAUCGACCCUCGGAGUGCAAGAAAUGCUGCAAUAUUUCGGAAUGCCGCCGGAUAUCGAAAAUGAUUUUCACGUCAAAGAGAUACAGGACAUGGUCAACGUAAUACAGAGGAUGAUCAAGGAUGGUCACGUUUUUAAAAAUCCAGAGAUAAUUAAUAUUGUCUUGGAACCUGGCAUAUGCUCCAAGGACGAGGAAGUAGACAAUGAUUGUGUUGUGAGAGCGCGUGGUCUACCUUGGCAAUCUUCGGAUCAAGACAUUGCUAAGUUUUUUCGUGGACUAAAUGUUGCCAAGGGUGGUGUAGCUCUUUGUUUAAGUCCUAUGGGAAGGCGUAACGGCGAGGCAUUGGUACGGUUUAUUAAUAAAGAACAUAGAGACAUGGCGCUGAAGCGGCAUAAACAUCAUAUGGGUGCACGAUAUAUAGAAGUUUACAAGGCUUCCGGAGAGGACUUUGUUGGCGUUGCUGGUGGUACGAGCGGGGAGGCGCACGCUUUUCUGUCACGCGGGGCUCAAGUCAUCGUUAGAAUGAGGGGCUUACCGUAUGAUUGUGUUGCUAAACAAGUGCUGGAAUUUUUUCAAUCCGGACAAAAACCAUGCCAAGUGUUGGACGGCGAGGAUGGUGUGCUGUUUGUAAAGAAACCGGAUGGCAGAGCAACAGGUGACGCCUUCGUAUUAUUUGCGAAGGAAGAGGAUGCGGUGAAAGCCUUGAGCAAGCAUCGAGACUGUAUCGGUAGCCGUUAUAUAGAACUUUUUCGAAGUACGACCGCGGAAGUGCAACAGGUCCUGAAUAGAGCGACAGAUCCGAAGCAAGUAAUACUACCACCACCGCCUAUCGCCCAAAUUCCACCCUUACUCCCUCAGCAUAUCAUUACAUCCGGUACGCGCAAAGAUUGCGUUAGACUCCGUGGUUUGCCGUAUGAGGCGCUUGUCGAACACAUUCUGGAAUUUAUGGGUGAACAUUCUAAAAAUAUUGUCUAUCAGGGUGUUCACAUGGUUUAUAAUGCUCAGGGCCAACCGUCCGGUGAGGCAUUUAUUCAGAUGGACAGCGAGGCAUCGGCGUAUGCGUGUGCGUCACAGCGGCACCAUCGGUAUAUGAUUUACGGCAAGAAGCAGCGAUACAUCGAAGUGUUCCAGUGCAGCGGCGACGACAUGAAUCUGGUAUUGACAGGUGCGGUAACACCACCGUCGACCAAGGCGCUACUAUCACCUGGAGGCACAAUGUUGCCGCCACCACCUGUGGCGAUAUUUCCACCUGCGGCCGCGAUGUUGCCCCGCGGCCCGCCGCAAUUCGCGACGCCAUAUCCGCCACCCAUCUUCUACUGGCCUUAUCCCUCACCACCCGUUAGCCCGACCAAUUAUUACACCCCUGCGAGUGUCGGCGGUAUUCCGCAGAUUCCUCAGCAAGCUGCUCUGUUAGCACCAGCUGAGUGUCUACAAUUAGCACCCGGGGCGACGACGCUGCCGACGUCUACCGCCGCGGGGCCCGACGCGCGUAUCGAGGCGUACCUGCCACGAGUGGAGCUGGAUAAACGCAUGGCCGCGCUGCCUCCACCGCAGACCGAGUGCAGUCCCUUUGUUGAGGUUUUCAUGGUUUGAUCUCCUCGGUCGGAUCUUCUUGCCUAUCCCGAUUUCUUGCCUCGUAGACAUACGAUCCCAAGUAGUCGGCGAGAUAAACGCUCGACGUUUGGGAUCGGUUAAAUUGGGAUUCGAGUGAGAAAAAGCCGUUGUUUUAGGAAGGCGCUCACGCGAAUCAUUGAAAGAACGGUCCUUGUUCUCGUCGUCGUCAUCGUCUUCAAGAGUUAACGAUAUUUUUCAUACGACAAUUUUACGUACGCUUCGCGUAUGUAGAUCUAGGCGUACACGGCAGAGUGCAAAUAUAAAGGUAUAAUUAUCGUCUUUCCGAAGAAACCCCCUCUUCGUAAAUUUCCAACGCGUCGACUGCGAGAGCGACGCGUUCUUUCUAGUCUAGAGAUAGAUAGGAGCCGUUGUGUGGCGUGAUGCAUAGCGGCGUCGUUUCUUUCUCGUCGUUUGUUCCGAUUUCUCCUUCUCUGGAAUGAAACAGCCCCGUAUAUUGCGUUUUCCUCCUUUUAACCUUUCCCUUUUUUGUUUUAUUUCUUUACGUUACACUUUUAUCUUUCCCGUUGUAACGACAGCAAUUGGACUUCAAUCGUCGUGUCGGACUUUUGCUUGCGUCGAAUUAGAAGAGUUUGCGGGAAUAGAUACAUAUUCGAGUAAUCGAUUCGUACACGUUUCAGAAUAUAUAUUAUAUAUACAAAUUAAAUAGAAUGUAAAUAAUAAUUAUAUUUACUUAUUAUUGUGAACGAUUGUAUCGGACAAUGUUCGUAGCCCGCGCCGCGUAUUCGCGUUUGCAAUCAAUCGAACUGAAACGCAUCCGAUUUGUAUCGUAGACGAUACCUAUCGAGCUUGAAGAUACAUCGCGAGCUACGUUUCGUUAGUUUUUCUCUUUUAAAUUUUACGUACGACUUGUUUUACAAAUAUUACUUAAUUUAAUUUUUAAAGUUUUAAAAUGAGAAAAUUAAUAUAUAUUUGUUUCAUUGGUCGUUGUUUCGUCACUCGAUCAUGAAUUGUUAAAUCUGCGUCGCGCUGUCUUCUUCAUGAUUUUUUUUUCUUUUCAAACGCGCUCAAUGUCUUUCAAUAUUCGUGCGCUAUUAAACGGCAACGCUUAUUUUUCACAUCAAAACAGCAAAUAUUACAAAAGUCUUCCGUUAGUCUCUCAAUUUAUUUCUUUUGAGAGCGAAUAUUUCGCUGUCCCGUUUAAGCCGCGUUCAUUGUUGAAGUAUAGAAGUAUAUAUCGACACAUAUUAAUCAACGAUCAGCACAUUAGCGUACAGAUAACAUUUUUAUGAUAUGUGUAGGAGUACGUAGACGUAAGUGAAAUAUUGUUCGAAAAUUGUAACUCGUUAAGUUAAAUACGGCUACGAUAAAUUAGCCGUCUGUAGCUCAAAUACACAAUUAUUCUAGAUUUGCGGAUACGAAUUCGAUCGAAUUGAUUUCGCCAGGACCGGUAGAGAAUUCGAUUUCUUUCUUCUCCCUGCCUUACGGAUAGUGACAGUUGCGAUAUUAAUUGUCGAUUUAAUUAAGGUAUACAUAUAUCGACUUUACGUGUCGAAAUUAUUGGCAAGUUAACUUCGAAUUUAAAUCGUCAGAUUUAUUGGAUCAUACGAAUAAAAACACAUAUACAGGAUCAUAUAUUUUAUCUAUAUAAAAUUUUAUACACACACCACACACACAUAUAUAGCUUUUAUAGACUUAAAAGAGUAUUAUAUAUUCUAUAUAGAUCUUUUUACUAAAAAGACAGGUAAAAUUGUAACAUACAAUUUGUUAUGAAAAUAACAAUGAAAAAAAAGAGAUCUUUUCAUAUCAUUUUCCAUCGUUUCUUUACAAGAGCGAUAUGCCCUCGCUGAAUUGCUUCAGCGUUUUUAUCCGUGUGAUCCAUUCCGCUUUGUUCAAAUGCAGCGAAAGUGAGCGAGAACGCGCGUAAUUGAUUCGUCCGGCGCGUGAUUUUCCUCCUUUUUUUAGUUUCUUUUUUAUGACAAUUUCGCGACUUUAGCACGCACUUCAACGCUCCGAGGAGCGCGACUUAUGCACGACCCCGACAUCCUCGAAGAUGUUCGUCGUGCCGUUGUUACCGUACGUGUGAUCACGCACGACUGGUGCAAUAGUUGAUAAUCGUCUUGUGGCAAUUCGUGCAAUAGAGAUCAAAGCAGGUGCGCCUCCGGUGCUGAGGAACACUAGAAUGAACGAUUAGAAUCAGCGUUUGACUAACGCCAAUUUUGUUGAGUGAAUACUUAAUUUUCCUCUCUAUGAUGUUAUUGUUAUAUUAUUACUAUAUAUAGAUAAUAUUAAUCUUUUAUAUAUAUAUAUAUAUAUAUAUAUAUAUAUAUACAUAGGAAAGAAAUUGGAAACAAUUUCCUUCUUGAGUAACUUGCCAGUCGUUAAUGAAAGCGGGCGUGAUACUCGGUUUAUUUAAACCGCACUGCGUGUUGACAAUUACGAUUAAGUUAUUCUUACUCGUUGCAUGUACGCGUCCUUAGUUGUAGAAAACAGCGUAUUGCUAUCCAAAUGCAUCCGCAGGCAACGGAGGUACCUGACUGGGCGAUCUCGAGAUGUGAGCCAGCCUCCUCUUAUAACUUAGAUAUAAUAGAAAGAAUGCGCGCGCGCGCACACACACACACACACACACACACACACACACACACACACACACACACACACACACACACACACACACACAGAAUUAUAAAUUACAUAUCUGUAAGAUUAUAAUGUAUGUCUAUUAGCCGAAGAAAUGUGUCUCGUGUCUCAGAGGCGCGAGGAAAUCGGAAUGAAAAAUAGUUUCGCUGAUACGUAAAUAUCGCGUUGAAGCCACAUUAAUAAAGGUGGCACCGCGGAAUUUCUUCGUCGAUUGUCAGGCGUAGAAAGAAUCUCCUAAUGCCAAUGUUCGUUUCAGAGGGCCGAGAAGCACGGCUGCGACGAAUAGUAACCUGAUAUUUAAUUAUGUUAUCUUGACGAUAUUAAUAUUAAUAUAUUCGAUAUUGUUUUGAAGCUCUCGUUGUUUCCUUUUCCAUACAGAAAUCCCAUAUUGUAUAGUCACUUAAUAAACAAAUUAAAAAAAUAA